AUGAAAGCAAAUUGUACCUGUACUCUUGUCCGUGGCAUCCAUAAUAUUAUAAUAGACACCAUGACACCCUGGGAUUCCAAUAAAAUAAUAUCUUCAUUAAAAAAGGAAAACAUCAGUGCAGAUGAUAUAAAUUAUGUUGUGUCAACACAUGGUCAUUCUGAUCAUCUUGGGAACAAUCAUCUUUUUCUUAAAGCGAAGCAUAUAGUCGGUUUUAGCAUAUCCUAUGAAGAUAGUUAUUAUAAUUAUCCAUUUGAUAAAGGUGAGGAAUACAUAAUAAAUGAUUAUGUAAAAAUAAUACCAACACCUGGGCAUACACUCACGGACGUUACUGUUUUAGCAGUUAAUGCAGAGAAAGAAACGGUUGCUAUAACAGGUGAUCUUUUUGAAAAGUUUGAAGAUAUAGAAGACCAAAACAUAUGGCUGGAUGCUGGCAGUGAAGACCCAAUUCAACAAAGAAAGAAUAGGUCCAAGAUUGCCAAUUUAGCUGAUUGGAUUGUACCAGGACAUGGACCAAAAUUUAAAGUUACUAAUAAAAUAAGACAGUGUCUUGAUACACAGUGUGAUAAU